AAAAAGUGAAAAAAUGCCCAAGAAAUCGUCCACAUCUUGCCAGGCUCGAAGAAAGGCUCAAGCUCAGACAUCUGUCGAAACAGUAGCUAAAAGGAGAGGUCGUCCAGCAAAGGAAAAGAAACAACCUGUUCCGAAAAAAGCUGAGCCAGCCAAAGCUUCAAAACCAAGAGCCCGAAAAAGUGCCACUGGAAACAAAUCCGAGAAGCCUCAAGCAUCAGUCGCCGAGCAAGCUGGAAUUUCACAAAUUCCACAGCUUCAACACAACAAUGAAGUUAUUGGUAUCGAGGCUCCAACAACUUCAGCUGCUCCUUCAAGAGCUCAGAUUCCGGAAGUGCCAGUAGUGGAGCACAUCGAACGGCAUAAAGUAGCCGCUUACCUCAAUAGGACAUACUUGAAUAGAAGAAGAUUAAGGUUGCUUCCAAUUGAUACCCACGAAAUUACGAAGAUUGCUAAAAAAUGUCGUGUAUCGGUAAGAGAACUCAAUAUCUAUUUCGGAGCUCGUAUGAGACUAACUCAGCUUGGCUAUGGUUUGACACUUGUUGAGGAAAAGUUCGAGUACGAGUGCGAAGCCACACAGAAGCUUCUUUUACAGUCUUACCGAGAAGACUCUAUGGUACCGGAUCAUGAAAGGUUGUCAAAUCUAGUGGAACGCACAAAUUGGAGAAGUGGACAGAUCUGUCGUUGGUUUUUGGAUCACAAGUACUCGACAAACCAGUGCACCUAUGCUCUAGCAGAGUUGGAGCAGGGCUGGAAAGAUUGUGACCCACCAAUUAAUUGGGAGAAAGUAUUCCUGGAGUCGGAGGAUCUACGGAAAAUGUUCACACAACUUCUCGCUCAGAAACGUCUCUGCACUGAGCUGGAACUCAGAUUGAUCACCAAGAACCGAAGCCGUAUCGCAGAUCUUGUGACAUUUUACCACAUACAGCGCGAUCAAAAAAGGCAGUAUGAAGAAAAAUUCGCCGAGGAGGAGUUGGAUAAAAUUCCUUUCGAAGUCAAGAAAAAUUUGAAUAUAUAUUUUCACUAUAUUAUUGGAAGGAGGACCACAGAUAAUCAGAAGAUCGAGGAUUUUAUUCAAACUUCCAAUGUUAAUAUUGCAAGCCAAGUGCUGGAACUCUACUUCAAAAGAAGAAAGCAAACGAUGGAGGGCGUGUUACCCGAAAGGAUGAAGACGCCCCGAGAAUCCAGACUUGUGAAGAACGAAGUCGAAGAUGCUCCAACACCGUCAGAGAUUAUCAGAAGAGCUAUGGAAGAAGCAACUUCCUGGGAUCCUCCCGAAAACAUGGCUACUGAAGAAGGCUCCGAUCCAUCGCCUCCAAGAGUCUACACUCCAAUGGAGAUUGAGCAAGAGUCUCCUGCAUUGGAAGACUGGGGCUGUCGAGAAGGUUCGGAAAGAUCUGAGAACUUACCUUCAACAUCUGCUAUUCCGAUGGACACUGCUCCUGCUCCACCUGCAUCGGAAAGCGCUAGAUCCUCGCCAGCAAUGGAACCCGCAACAGAAGAAGAAACCUCCGGAAGUUCAGAUCCCUCGCCUUCAACAUCAGACUUGUGCUCCUCAAUGCACGCCUGCGACUCUCCUGCGACUCCCGAAUCGGAAAACAGGGUUUCUGAAGAAAGAUCAGAGAGUUCAAGAUCUUUGCCUCCAACAGUCGCUGUAUGCCCCGCAACGGAAACCGGAGAAGAUCCUCAUGCAUCUUCAGAUCCCUCGCCUUCAACAUCGGACUUGCGCUCAUCAAUGGACGCCGAUCCUGCGACGGAAAAAAGAGCUACUGAAGAAAGAUCAGAGAGUUCUAGAUCUUUGCCUCCAACAGUCGAUGUAUCCUCUCCUCCACCUGUUGCCAGCUCAUCGUGCUCACCGUAUCCAGCAUUGUUGGCGUCUGCCGAUGCUUCACCUCAAGUACCAGCAUGGGCUUCAGCCAGAUCUUCCAUUUCUCGUUCCACUCCAGUGGGGCGAAAUAUUCAAGCUCACUUACAGCCUAAACUGGAGCCAGUCGAUGACGAAAUCAGGUUUCUGGGUUUUAAAAGUGCAAGUACGCCUCAAAAAGUGGAGCACAAAGAGCUCAAACCAGCAUCGAAAAAGCUCCACACACCACCCAGCGGCUCCCUUGAUUGGAAAACUUGGACUAAGCCUGACGUGAUUGCAUGGGCUAAGCAGUUUUUGGACCAGAAGUAUUGGGACACAAUUAGCCUGUCGGACAUGAGUGGACGUGAUCUGGCAGAGAUUGUGUUGGGUGGUCGGGAAGUCUCCAGGAAGUUAUACUGGGAUUUCCAAUAUUUUGAAGCUCUACGAGUCGAGCUUCAUGCUGUGAUGAAUGUUUUCAACGGGUUCGAAUUGGAGACAGACGUGUAAAAUAUGACCGGGGAAAACUUAUCGCUUUAAAUAUUUGAUUAAUUUUUAUAAUUUUUUUCUGGAAUGAAUCGGGUACCGUA